CGCGCACUGCUCCGUGUUGGCGGCCAACGGGGGUUGCAUACAAGCGCCGUCGUUCAGUCUCGUCUCACCCUCUGGUGCACUAACUUCGCCGCUCUUCCGCGAUCCGGCGAACCCCCAACAUUUACGCAGCAGACAAACUUCUUUCUCGCGAGACUGACCAUUUUGGAAAAAACGAUCCGCAACCCUAGCUGGCCGGCCAUGUGGUCGGGUGUGCUGCUCGUGCUCUGCGGGUUGCUGACUCCUCCAGGGGCCCACGGUGCUAAUUGGCAGGGCAGCGGCCACGCGUCCCAGAAGCACGCGGUGGCUGGCGAGGACGCGCUAAUCACGUGCCUGGUGAGCAUCGCCGACUCGUCGAGCGAAGGUUUGCCAGCGAACGGCGUGAUUUGGGCCAAGCUCAAGACCAGUGACGGUGCAGGUGCGAAGAAUGGCGAGGACCGCAGGGAGAUCCUCACUGCGGAUACGACAAGGGUCACCACCGAUCGCAGAUUCAGCGCCAUCCGCAGCGAUGAGGGAGACCACUCGGUGCUGGUUAUCCGAAACGUGCAGCCCUCCGACGCCGGCAUCUACGUGUGCGAAGUGUCCAAGGAACAGGGACCCGCACGCUCCUUCCACGAGCUCAACGUGCUGGAACUGCCUCAACUGCACAAGAAAAAUAAUAACGACGCCUCAACGGCAACACCCACGGAGGCGUCCAGGGUGGCCAGACACAAUUUCACCGAGUGCUGCGUCCAGGCCGACGUGUCCAAGAGGUGCCUCGGCUUCUGCAACCUGCAGAACAUCGUCGAGGGAAAUACCGGCGAGGACGUGCAUAACUGUGAAGUUGACUUCCCGCACAUCAUUAACUGCAUGGCAGAUGGCAGGGACCACACGGCGUGCUGCGCCAGGGAGGGCGUGAUUGAUCUCUGCAUCGACGUGUGUCGCGGAAUUUAUACACCCACCUCUGAUAAGAUCAAGACGCACUAUUCGUGCGACGAGUACACCGAGAGGGCUUUGGCUUGCGUCGCUGAAGGAGUUGAGAUUCUUCCGAGCACGCCGCGCCGCGUCAGAGUGGAGGCGCUGUCAGAGCAUACGCUACAGGUGUCCUGGCGCUUUCCCGAGCAUAACGCCGACUCGGUCACGCAGUACGAGAUAAGUGUGCAACACGUCACUUCGUUCGACCCGCCCAAAACCACCACUGAAAGCGACGCCGUCGACGUGUCGGCGCUAACGCCUGUGCCGACGCAGGGGCCAUUUAAUCUCCAACUCAAAGUUCCAGCCACUUACAAUUCGAGCCUGAUAAGUUCUCUCAACCCCUUCUCUAUGUACGAAAUCGCGGUGAUUGCGGUCAACAGACAUGGCAAGAGUCUCCCCUCCCCUGCGAUCCGCACUUUGACACUCGUUCCCGGUCAGAAAAAAUCCAAAUCUCCAACAUCAGGAACUCUGCCACCUCUUCCAGAUGUGAAAAAAUGCUGCAUCGAAGAACACAAAGUGGAACCUAAAUGCGCUGAACGACUUUGCAACCCACAUCUGGAGGAGCUGACCGAUCUUUCAGAGCUGUUCGAGUGCGCGCCAUAUGCGACUGCUGCCUUGCAAUGUCUGACUGGCGGUCAAGACCACACGGCCUGUUGCAGAGCAAGGGGUGUUCCUGACCCCUGCAGAGAUUUUUGCAGGGCGGGGAAUGAAACGGUUACUUUUGACUAUUCACAUAUCAGAUGUAUUGAAUACAGUGACAUUUACUCGUCGUGCCUCUUGCAAAGCUACGGAAUUUUGCCCAGCGCCCCUCUGGACAUUCAGGUGACCAACAUCAACCACGAUUUCGCCAUCAUUCACUGGUCUGACCCGGAGGUGCUACCGGAAACCAUCCACCACUUCGUCCUGCACUACCACAAACUAGACCAAACCGCCGUCGACGACCUCUUCGUUUUCCGAACGGUGCUCAACGUCAAGUCGCCCUAUCUCCUUUCGAGGCUGAAACCUGACACCAGAUACGAGGCUUAUGUCCAGGCGGUCAACGAGCACGGAACUGGAGAACCAAGCCAGAGGAUCGUGUUCACCACCCUAACUGAAAAGAUGGAGGAACAAUUAGAACAGGAAGAGGUGGUGGACAUCUAUAACUCAACCGAGUGCUGCGUUUCGGCUGGCUUGAGUCCACUGUGUCUGCCCCUGUGCUCGUACGACGCGAGCAUCCACGACGUGCGCGCCCUUUCGACGGUGUGCGCGCCCUACUUCCACACGCUGCUCCGGUGCGGCGCCGGCGGCCGAGACCACCAGGCAUGCUGCAAACGACGAGGAGUUCCUUCUAGAUGCCAAAGUCUUUGCUACGGCAUCUUGGAAGACUCGAUUCCCUACACAGCAGCUAUGUGCAAACAGUACGUGGGCAACAUCAUCCAGUGCUUUGAAGAGGGCGCAGGAACUCUUCCAGGGCCCGUUCGAGAGUUGCACGCACUUGAGGUGACCAACCACUCGGUGAGCCUGACCUGGGAGCAGCCGGAGGAAAACGCUGGCCCAAAACCGACCGGAUAUGAAGUUCGCUACAUAGAAGUGAACGACAGCGCCGAGACGAGGGAGCCAAAGGAAUUGUUUGUGCAGGUGAAAAGCGUGUCGAACACCAGCGCCACCAUCGAGGGCCUCGUGCCUGGAAAAGUUUACGACUUUUACGUUUUGUCAGAGAACGAACAUGGAACAUCACUGCCAUCGGCUAUGCUGAGGAUAAACAUAACUGCAACAGAUGUCGGUAGUGGAUUGGCAGGGAUGACCUCAUCACCGCGCGGACUGUCGAUCGCAGGCCGCGGCGCCAAUUUUCUCACCCUAGCGUGGCAGCCGCCGUUCGUGAGCCACCCGUCCGACCCCAUCAAGUACAGUGUUCAUUACCGCGAGAAUCUACCUGGCGAGCAGCGCGUGCCUUGGAUCCGCACCAACACUUCCAUCACUUCAGCCCUUCUGGAGAAUCUCAAACCCAAUACCCAGUAUCAAACCCGUGUUGUUGCCAUAACGGAUAAGGGCUCGAGUCUGCCAUCGGAGACGCUGCUCGUCUGGACUGACCCUGCCAUGCCAGCCAUUGUGGAGCCGCCGAAAAUCCAGCCGGGGGCCGUGGUUGAGGGCGGCAGCAUCACGGUGCUGUGCAUCGCCCUCGGCACCCCCGCGCCCACCGUCUCGCUCUACGUGUCCGGCAAGCUGGCGCACUCGGAGAAGGACACUCGCCACUUGGUGGUCACGCUGCACAACAUCACCAGGCACAUGCGGCAACUCUCGUGCUACGCGGACAACGGCUUUGGCACCCCCAUGCAGGCCUCCAAGAGGAUCGUCGUCAACUAUCCACCAACUUUGAGUGCCUCGUCCGCUCCCUCCCUUUCAUUGAAAGGCGGCACUGGUGUGCUGGAGUGCAAAGUUGAGGCGCAACCAGAGCCACAAACCGUCUUCUGGAGGGACGCUGGCGGAAGGGUGCCCGUCGUCCAAGGAGGAAGAUUUGAAGUCACAGUGAAGGAAGUCAAAGGGGUUCCUGACACCAAGGUCAUGACCCUGACAAUUAAAAAUACGCAGCAUGAGGAUGAGGGCGAGUAUUUUUGCCACGCUGAAAACUUUCUGGGGAGUUCCACGCAACCUGUGACCCUCAAAAUACGCCCAGCAGAAUCUCUGCCGAUGAACGCAAGCAGUUGUUGUGAAAGUCUGAACGUGAACUCUGCCUGCCUGGACGCUUGUUCCGCCGGCGCCUUUCUAGACCUCGAUUCCGUCCUUGACCAGCCCGAAUGCGUCAACGACCUACCCAAAAUUAUCAGAUGUGCUGCAGAUGGAUCCGAUCACCGCAGUUGCUGCACCCAACGUGGACUGCCCCAGAGUUGCCUGAAUUGGUGCCGGGGGGAAACAAUGGACAUUUCAACUUCGACCUCAGCGUCAGCUCCGAAUAAUCACAAAUUCUGCCUGCUCGUUUACGGCCAGCACAUUAUGGCUUGUUUCCAGCAAGGACAAGACCGACUGCCUGGGCCACCUCAAUCACUGAAGGCAAUCAUGAUCGGUGCCAAUUUCGCAGACAUCUCAUGGGAACCGCCCACCAGGAAUCCAGACGCAGCCCAAACUUACAGGGUUUUCUGGCGAGAGUUGGGCUCUCGACUGGCUAUGAAAAAUGACUCUCUAACAACCGAAUUGCGCCUAAUGGGGCUCAAGCCGGCCACUUUCUAUGAGUGUGUGGUGAAAGCAGGCAACCAGUACGGCACCAGCAUGCUCUCCAAGCCGGUCAGGUUCAAAACCAACACUGAGGACUACAUCACAACGCCAUCCAGUCUUGCCGGCUCAAGACUGGUCGGGGUCGCGUGGCCUGUGGGAAUUGCUGUGGGCACGGCGUUGAUCGGGGUCGUGGCUGUGCUCGUCGUCCUGGCCGCCGCAUGGCUGGUCAGGACCAAAAAGGUGCCUUCGAAUGCUGGCGGAAGGGUGGCGUUUGAAAACCCAGGGUACUUGCGUGAGCUGCACAUGGACAAUAUUGCCUCAGCUGUUGGGGAUGGACAAGUGAGCUGGCGCCAAGAAAGUCUGCAAGUGGCCACAGUGACUGGUGAGGAAGGUUUGAUCAGCGAGUUGCAGCACAGGACGGCGCAGAGCCAGCAUGGCGACUAGUUGACUGGCGGACGAGGCAAUUCGUCCUUUUAGAAAGAGAGACAGAGAGACAAUCAGUGCCCUUAUUACUACAUUGCUCUCACGCACCGGGAGAGCGAGAAUUGUGAGAAAAGACCCAAGAAAAGGCUGUUCUAUCACACAAGAUUUUGUAUAUCAAAAACACGGAUAUUAUAUAAAGAAAUAGAGUUGUUGCGUAAUCUGAUUGUGAAAAAAGAAGGAAUUUUGGUAUUUAACACUGUCAAGCAUCUGUUCUGUACCCGAGCAAAAUGGAAAAAAUAAUAUUUAUAUGAGGAAUCAAAAUGCUGAGCACACCCAUGUUGAAAGAGUGAACGACCGCAAUUAACUUGUGUAAUUUAUUGUGUAAAUAAUAUUUGUUGAAAGUAUUUAAAUAUUAGAAAAAUGGAUAUUGAAUUCUCGUACCUUCAGUCCAUCAGACAAUAGACCUCUGAGUAUAAAUUGAAAAGCACGCGCUGCUAGAAAAUCAGUUUUAAUUGUUGUGCAGGCGUAUAUUGGCACUAAUUGUUUUGAUUUUCUACAACUAAUUUGGAAUUUAAUAACCACGUCAUAAACAGGCCACACACCAUACAAAUACCAACUAUAUGCUGAUAAGGGCAUUUUGUAACUUGCAAAACUGUGUAUCUCAUUUUUCCACAUUCCUGCUGUUAUUUUUGUCAGAAAUAAAGAUUUAAGAAAUGUUUAAUAUAAAAUUGUAAUGCGUGAUUAAUUGGAGAAAGGUUUAAAAAUUAAAAUAUUGAU